CUCAACCCCCGCAGAGCGGUCGCGUGCGUAAGCGUGCGCCACAACAAGAGCGGGAGCUCUAAUGGCGACGAAAAGAAGAGCAAAGAGAAGUGGCAAAAAAAGAAAAGAAAAUAGUGAACCAGCCGCUGCCAGGCUCGUGACUCCCUCGCCCGCGUAACAACCACCACUCUCUCCCGGCCGUCCCCCGUGCGAGCAAGUUGUUGCGGGCCGCGUGGUCCGCUCCCGGUGCUCAGUACGCGCGCAACUGCGUUCGCGGAGAGGUGUCAUGAAGCCCGACCGUAUCGCGCUCUUUCAGCACACCCACCAUCACCACCACGCCGUCGUUCACCACGCGGAGAGUCACCACCACUCGCGCCAGUGCCCGCCGGCGAGCCCGAGGCCCACGGACGUGACUUCUUGCGUAGCAGCCACCGCGGCUCCGUACACCGCGGCCGUGGCCCGCCGAAACGAACGCGAGCGAAACAGGGUGCGACUGGUGAACAGCGGGUUCAACGCUCUCCGCCAGCACGUGCCCCAGACGGGCCAGAAGAAACUGAGCAAAGUGGAAACACUCCGGUCGGCCGUCGAGUACAUUCGGGAACUGCAGCAGCUGCUGGAACUGACAAGACGCCAAUCGGGAUCACUUUCCGAAGACCAGUACAGUGCUCCGAAGGAAAACAGGGUUCCUGAGGGCGGAUACCUGAGCUCUUCGCCACCCCUGACUGCGGAGUCAGCCUCGUCUCCCGGCAGCAGCAGCAAUGAGUGCGGGACCCCUGUUUCCCACGUUCAGCGGGCGGGUAGUUUCCAAGACCACUGUGUCUCACCGAAGACGGAAUCCUGCGGCGUUGACGACGAACAGGAAGUUCUGUGGGAACUCGCUUCCUGGUGGCCCGCGGCGUAGCAUGGCUCAAGACUCUUGCUUGUGGUUUUGUUGAACGCUCCCGCGGUCGCCGUGGACGAAGUUCUUGCUCUGCAGGUUCCUGCCAAGGAUGUUCCGGCCUGGGAUCAGAGGGGGCGAAAGGGUGCUCGUCGCACCCACCACGAAAAACAACGGCCACGCGUGUCACCGCUCGGCCAAGCUUCUUUAUUGCUUCGAGGGAUGCCUCUAGGAUUUGCCACGACACCUCGCUCAUGUGAUCUACCUUCUGCAUGUCGAGUGGAGGACGUGCUUUGCGGUGCCAUUCAAAUCUGCAGUAUUAGUGGACACGUCGCGUGUCGAAAAUUUCAAGAAACACAGCAUGGUUGUGAUGCCUUCGCUUCUGCCAAACGUAGGUUUCCUAUUGUUUCCAGGUUCCAACGUCCUGUACAUACAGCUUGCGUGGUUCCAAAGUUACUGUGCCAAGGACCACUGUAAAUAGACAUUUUUUUCGUGAGUCCGAAUAUUUAUAGCUAUACAUUUUUGAUACUGUUUUUUACUACCUCAGAGUGCCAUAGCCUAUACAUUUGUUGAUCUUCAGGAACAGAAUAACCAGAAAACACGCUCCAACUCAUUGAAAAUGACCUCAUUGCGUUGUACGCAUAUAUUGUUCUGUUCAAGGAAGACGUUGUUAAAUAAAAGUUUUUCCCUUUUUAA